AGUUACAGUUUCGUGUCCUCUGACUAGUACAGUACAGUGAUAGUGCAAAAUAAUAUUCAGCUUGGUAAUUUCAAACAAGUUGAGUACAACUUUCCGCGUUUUAUGGUACACUAGAUAAUUAGGAAGGAUCGUAAUUUAUCACCAAACCACUUAAUUAUCAUAUUGGCUUGCGAGCAUUCUUUUCAACAAUAAGACGCAAGCGGCCAGUGGAGCUUGCAUUGACAUAAACUUGCAAAGUUAUGCUUCGCACUUGUUGCACUCCUUGACCUGGAACUAAUAGCUUGGCUUAUCCUUUAAGAAGAGACGAACUGAGCACUCGCACGAUGCAUUCGUUGUGUCUACAAAUCAAUUCGACUGUGAAGCUGGAAUCUUAUCUGUUUGAUUAAAUCGCGUAAUAAUAACGAGAUGACACAAAGUUCUGUUGCCAAUUAAUCUUAGUGAGAAAUCCCGGCGAGAAACAAAGUUUGAAGAAUAAUACCCCCCGUCAUAUAAACAUUACGGUGAAUAAGUCAUGACAGCUUAAUGUUUUUAGUUCCAGUACAGUUGUUGGGCUAAUUAUUUCAUGUACGGCACUUUAAUGAAUACAAUUGUACUGUAUAAAUUGUACAAAUUCUGACAAGCUAUGUGCAAUAAAGGGGGAAAGCAGCUCUUAAGUGCUGUCAUUUUCCAAAUGACGAUACUUGCAUAUUACUUAUCAUUACUAUUGGUGAAUUUUCAAAUAAGGAGCUAAAUAGUCACUCGAGAGCGCAGUUCGUGAUCAAAAACAAUUAGUUACUUUUUCGUACAUUAGUAACAUAGUCACGCGAUCCCGUAUAUUGGCUAUAUGAAGUAUGUGCGGCGGCAUAGGGUAUGGUUUCUUCCCAAAUCUAUCCAAAAUUUACGGGAGUACCCCCCUCCCUGGGAUAAAAUGAUAUCUUUCAGGUAUCAAAUGAAGCUUCAGCUACGCUUGGAAUGAUAUAGUUUAAGCAUUUGAUUUAACAUGGGAGUUCCUCUAAGGUAGUAUUUUAAUUAACGUCUAAGUCACUAAUCUGAGCAACACGAUGAUAUGACAGGGCAACAACAAAAAGGCAAUUACAUAAAACAAUUCACAUUAGCUUCGGGCUUUUGAGCUGAUGAGCAUUUACGUUAAAAAAAAAAAAAAAACACUCGCGCCACCAUCGAUCGCGACUCGUUCGCAUUCGUUUUCCUGCGCUUUGUGUAGGCUACAUGUAUUUUCUCUGAGUUUUAAUUGGUUCACUGGGGUGUCGGCGUAAUUGAUGAUAUAUCUGUGACUGGCCGCGGAGCGAUUACUCUUGGGUUUAGUUCUACGAUAUUGAAUACUGCUCUAUCAUUCACAGAAUGAAUACUACGACAAGGGUCGUCCUGAUGCUGUUUUUGCUGUUGAUGGUGGAAAGAUCUUCAUCUUCACCUGUGAAGGUUAACAAAACCAAAGUCCUCAUCCUUGGCGCUGGACUCGCGGGAAUCAAAGCAGCGAAAACACUGCUGGACAAAGGCAUCACUGACUUUCUGAUCCUUGAUGGAAAGAAUUACACUGGAGGCAGAAUACAUGCUGUGCCAUUUAUGGGUUUGAAUAUCGAGGCAGGGGCGAACUGGGUUCAUUUCACAGAUGAAGAGUUCACAGCCCCACUUGUGAAGCUGAAAGAUGCCAAAAAGAUGAAUGGCAUUCGUUGUAAUUACUCCGACUUUGUUGUGAGGGACGAAGAAGGCAAUGAUAUCACUGAUUUAUCAGUUUCCAAGGAUUAUCAUGACAAAGUAGAAGGACGUGUUGAACAAUACUUGGAGACAAGGAAGGAGAAAGGGUCUCCAGAUAUUCCAGCUCGUGUUGGUCUUCAGUUGAUGGGGUGGAAAUCCGGAAAACAAUCCAUCAGAAAAGUAGUAGAGUACUUCAACUUUGAUUUUGAGUACGCAAAGCGUCCAGAACUGGUGUCUUUUUACCAGGUGUUUGAACGUGGAGAAGACUUUUUUGUUACCGACCGGCGAGGGGUUUGGUUCAUGUAUGAAGAUCUCUACAAACCUUUGACCAACCGAAUUCUAUUGGGCAAAACCGUGACAGAAAUCAAGUAUUCUGACACAUCAGUUGAAGUUACCACAUCCGAUGGAGACAAAUUUGCCGCAGAUUACGCCCUGUGCACGUUCAGUACUGGAGUGCUGGCCAGCGACAUGGUGACUUUUAACCCACCCCUCCCUGAAUGGAAAAGGGAAGUGAUCUUUAAAAACCCGAUGUCGGUAUACACGAAAAUCUUCCUGAAAUUUCCAAGCAAGUUCUGGGACGAUCACGAAUAUAUCCUGUAUGCCUCUAAAGAGCGAGGUCGUUUCCCUGUAUUCCAAGACUUGGAAAGACCAGGCAUUUUACCAAAUGGCAGCAACAUUUUAUUGGUCACUGUAACGGAGGACGAAGGGAGAAGGAUUGAACAACAAGCAUACAACGAAACCAAAGCAGAGGUCGCGAAAAUGUUGAGGUCAAUUUACGGACAGGGCAUUCCUGAUGCAACAGCGAUUUACUAUUACCGCUGGUCACAGGACCCGUUUACCCAAGGCUCAUAUUCAGAACCUGUUGUGGGCUUUACUUCCGAGGAUUUUAACAAGCUUGGACAGAACCUGGGGCGACUCUACUUUGCUGGCGAAGCGACGAGCAAGGAGUGGUAUGGUUACAUGCAAGGAGCCUACUUGACUGGAGAAGAGAAAGGGAAAUUGAUCGCGUGUCAAAUUCUCCCAAAUGAGAGUGAAUGUAAAGCUCCAGAGAAGAAAAAGCCGAAGAGUGAAGCAACGUUUGCAGCGAGAUCUGCAGCUGGAGUUUUGGUGUUUUCUUUUUUGUGUUCACUUUUGUGGAUGUAAACUGUAGUUUAACAAGACUGUUCGUUUAAGAGACGUUUUUUUGUAGUAACCUACAGAAAUAUCGUUCAUCCGUAGAGUUAGAUUGAAGUUAACUGAUAGGUUUUAUCCAUCAAUACUUUUGUCAGGUAUAAGCCUUCUGAAACUCAUUGUUAUUACAAAUGUUAACCUAAAAAGCAAAGCUCAAUAGAGAUAACCAUUACUCGUUUUUCGUUGCCUGCGCACUCGUUUGAAAUGAUUGUUUUAGCGUCUUGUGUUAUAGUGUGCCAGUAUCGACCAUCGAACUACAAGUCCUUUUUAGCGGUUUUUGAUUUUCCUUUCAAAAAUGUCGAUCACAUCAUCGGAAGGCAAGCUAGCGUUUGGUUAUUUUCGGUUGCUAUUUCUGCUCUAGUUUAGGCCUAGACUAACUCUUAAGAGUUUAAAGAGGGUGGUAAAGGGGGGAUACAGAUCACGUUUCAUGGAAAAUAAAGCAGUCCGUUCACAA